AUGCAGCCUGUCGAAGCCGGCUUGCUCCUCUUCGCUGCCACGGCCGUGGCUAACGUGUUCUGCCUGCCAUCAUUCGGCCUGUGGAUUGGAGCUGGCGUUGUCUUCGUGCACAUCUUUGACGGCAAGGUCUUACAAGGAUCUAUUGCAGGCACUGUUGCAGUCUUCAGCGGUGUCUCAGUCGGCGGGCUUACAUCGUUUGCGAUCGGCCGAACCCUAUUCCGGUCGUGUCUGGUCAGCAGGCUUCGCCACUUGGAAUGGGUCGAGGUGCUGGAUGAAAUCGUCGAGCAGGAAGGCUGGAAGUUCGUGCUUGUGGCCCGAAUGAGCCCGUUUCUACCUCUGGAGGCACUCAACUACGCGUGUUCGCUGACCUCUCUGAGCACCGCUGGAUUUGCGUUGGGAUGUUUGGGAUCCCUGCCUACCACAGCCUUCUGGGUUUGGACAGCUGCCUCUGCAGAAUCCCUGCGGAUGUCUGAAGAGACCGAUGGCAGCGUCACGGUCCAGGCCAAAGCAGCCGAACGGGUGUUGCAGAGGGCGAGCUUUCCAGGCAUCACAACCAUCAUGCUGUGCGUCCUGAUGAUGUUGCUCUGGUCUUCGAAGAAGAGGUACCAAGAGAUGCUGGAUCGUCGCAUCCCUGCGGUGGCUCUUCGCAGAGUUGCGCGCUCUGAGGAGUGUUUUGAGAGGAAAUCUCAGCUCCGUCCUGUUGAUGGUUCCGUAGUCCGUAGCGCCAGGAUCAGCUGGAUCCACCGCAAUCUGCCGGCGACUUGCCAGGCCGGAUUGAUUGCAGCUAUGCCUGCUAUGCCGCUAGAUCCAGCUAGGCCAUGCGUGCUUGCCAACUGUUUACCCAACUUGCACAGCGACAAAAGAGUCUAG